UUAAUAUCCGCGGGGGAGACGGGCAGUAGAUAGAAAAGGGCAAGGAGGAAGAAAAAAAAAUGCGUUGUAGUUUGGCUGGCUCCGAGAAAGGGUCGUCAGUGUGACUCACUGGCAGAGGCAGGAAGGAAAAUAAUCAGCCUUCAGAUCCCUUUCCAAAUAUGAGUUUAACAUUUUCUUUUGAGAAGCAAUGGGCUCCGUUGAAACUUGAGUCUUUGAAGAAGCCUGGGACGAUUUGACUGUGCCUUAAAUCAGUUUGAAAUCCUAGAAAACCCGUGUGUCUGUCUUAAGAUGAUUUGACAUCUUAUAUUUAAACCUUCAUUAACCAUGAUGGCAACACAGACAUUAAGUAUAGACAGCUAUCAAGAUGGUCAACAAAUGCAAGUAGUAACAGAGUUAAAAACAGAGCAAGAUCCAAACUGCUCGGAACCUGAUGCAGAAGGAGUGAGUCCAGCCCCCGUGGAAUCUCAGACUCCAAUGGAUGCGGAUAAGCAGGCCAUUUAUAGGCAUCCUCUCUUCCCAUUAUUAGCAUUGUUAUUUGAUAAAUGUGAACAAUCUACCCAGGGCUCAGAAGGCACAACUUCUGCCAGUUUUGAUGUAGAUAUUGAGAAUUUUGUCAGGAAACAAGAGAAGGAAGGAAAACCUUUUUUUUGUGAAGAUCCAGAAACGGAUAAUUUAAUGGUAAAAGCAAUCCAAGUCCUACGCAUUCACCUCCUUGAGCUUGAAAAAGUUAAUGAACUCUGCAAAGAUUUCUGUAGUCGUUACAUUGCCUGUCUGAAAACUAAAAUGAAUAGUGAAACCCUUCUGAGCGGCGAACCUGGAAGUCCUUAUUCACCUGUACAACCCCAGCAAAUUCAAAAUGCCAUCACAGGCACGCUCAGUCCCCAAGGAAUUGUGGUUCCUGCAUCAGCGUUGCAACAGGGAAAUGUAACCAUGGCAACAGUAGCAGGUGGCACAGUGUAUCAGCCUGUUACAGUGGUCACUCCACAAGGUCAAGUAGUAACUCAAGCCUUGUCACCUGGAACAAUUAGGAUCCAGAAUUCACAGCUUCAGUUACAGUUAAAUCAAGAUCUAAGCAUCUUGCAUCAAGAUGACGGUUCAUCAAAAAAUAAAAGGGGAGUUCUGCCUAAGCAUGCCACGAAUGUGAUGAGAUCUUGGCUUUUUCAGCACAUAGGGCAUCCCUAUCCAACAGAGGAUGAGAAAAAGCAGAUUGCAGCCCAGACAAACCUGACUCUACUCCAAGUUAACAACUGGUUUAUCAAUGCUAGACGACGAAUUCUUCAGCCCAUGUUGGAUUCCAGCUGUUCAGAAACACCAAAAACAAAGAAAAAGACAUCACAGAACAGACCCGUUCAGAGGUUUUGGCCCGACUCGAUUGCAUCAGGAGUUUCCCAGCAACCGCCUAAUGAACUUGCAAUGUCUGAAGGAGCUGUUGUGACUAUUACGGCUCCCGUUAAUAUGAAUGUGGACAGCCUCCAAUCUCUGUCGUCUGACGGGGCUACCUUGGCAGUUCAGCAAGUCAUGAUGGCAGGGCAGAGUGAGGAUGAGUCUGUGGACAGCACAGAAGAAGACGGAGGUGACCUUUCCACAACCAACAUCAGUGGACUCGUCUUGGAUAACAGCGAUUCUCUGCAGUAGGAAGCAAGAGAGCGUGACGGAAGAACUAGGGAAAAGAAUGGACUCGACAGACUUUUUAUAGUUUGCACAGCAAACAUUUUACACAAGUUUUAUUUCUAAUAUGUUUUAUAUGUAGAUAUAGAAGGGUGCACUUUUUGUAUUUCAUAGUAAGCUUAAAGAGUGUCUUUGCAGGUGCAGCGACUUCUUUCAAAUGUACGUGUGGGGUUUUUUUAUUUCCUUUAAAGUUUUAACUCUUAAUAUAAUGAGUGGUCCCUAAUGAGCCCCUCAAUGGAAAAUGCUUCCAUUGUCUUAAAAAAAAAAAAUGAGUCAAAAGUAAUUAGUCCUCUUGUUUGAAGCAAAUUUCAAAGGGCUAAUUUAAAUUUUCGGUCUACGUCUAAGGAAUUGAAUCCUUAAUGAGCCCCCAUGUAUUCGAAAGAAGCUUCUGCACCGUAAAAACUGCCAGUCAGAGGUGGACAACACCACACACAAAAACAAAUGAAGUGUGAUUUAGUCAUGAAUGUAUGGUGAUUUAAAAUAAGUUAAAUUUCUCUCAUAUUCAAGUGAGCCUGUUUCAUUUGCUAAAAAAAAACUCCUAUUUUUACCUAGCUGGAAUUAUUGGAUAAAAACUAUUUUUAUAAAUUCAUUAGGAAUUGGGAUUAUGACUAUAUUGAACAUAAAAUUUCUAGAAGGAAGUACAUGUUUUAGUGUUCCUGUUGGGUAUGGUUCUGAAUGGACCAAAUUGAAUACACAUGCCUAAAGCUAGUUAGCAGUCUAUGGUUCUCUGUGAAUGCAAACCCUGAGGAGUAAUGUAGAUUUAAUGAGUUAAAAGAACUGGCAAUUCAAAGAAACUUUGAUAUCUUCAAAUUUUGAUUUAUAUGAAUGCUCAGAUUGCAUUUUACACUUGAUCUAAACUUGUAUCCUAAGGUAUUUGCUGAUAGGUAUUCAGGUAAGUUAAGUGCAAGUGAUACCCCGAAUAUUCCCAGUAAGCAAUUAAGCAAUAUUCUUUUAGUCUAAUUUAAAUCUGACUACAGUUCACUGGUAGUUUUUCCACAUUAGCCAUGGUUUUUUUUUUUUUAAACUCCAACAUAGGAUACCUGAAACUCUUUUGAAUUAAAAAAUAGUUCAGCACCAGAGGAGAUACGAAACAUUUAGAGAAUCUUUGUAAGUGAUUAAUAAAUAUUCACAACCUAAUGAUGAAAGUGGAUUUAGCCCAGAGUAAUGGCUUUGUUGAAACUUUUCUUUUUCUCCCCAGCUUCUUUUUUUUAAUUUAUUUAUUCUUGGUUGGAUAUGCCUGUUAGGCUUUUGAUACCGAAAGCAGUAUUUCCUCAUUUUAACCUGGAUGUAACAGGAUUUCUAGAACCUUGUGAAUUAAAGGUUGCAGUUCAUGAUAUGGCAUAAAAUUUGUCAUCCACUCGUACAGCAUCAGGGUUUUUACCUCCUGAGUUGACUCAUGACCAAGGAGAUGAGAGAAUAUACGCAAGGUAUUUCUUCCUACAGGUCAACUCAUUUUCACUGAGUUGGAUUUUCUUAAAAAGGAUGCCAAAAAUCACGUGAUUUCUUUAUGUAGAACAUUUUUGGUUUUCUGGAAGUUGCCACAUAUGAAUUUGUUUUUUCAAUUGUCUGGCCCUUGAGAUCUAGGUACAGUGACUGGUCAUCUGACUGAGGUUAUGUUGUGAAAUAUUUGUUUUAAUUCAGAUUGACGUGUCCUAUUUUUCACUAUAUAUUAGGUAAUCUUCAGUGAAUUCACGUAUUGUUCUGCAAAAGAUCCACAAUACAGUAAAAUUAAUGAUGAAAAAACCAGUUUCAGGACCUUCAUGUGAAAAAAAAAAUCUAGCUAUUAACUGUAGCAAGAAUAAGCAAUCACACUGUAAAAAAAAAAAGUCAGUAUUUUCUUAUGGGAAAAAUGAUAAAAUAUUUUGUCAAAGAUCUGGGUAUGUCUUCAAAGAUCUUUUUCUAACUCUAAUUUACUUAAACUUCAACUUUACUAGCAUUUUUUAAUGAGGAACUGUGGCAACUAUAUUUUGAAAUUUUCUUUAUCGUUUCUUGUCCCUUUUCUAGAACUUUUCUCCAGAUUAGCAAAAGCCAUUAGCUAAAUACCUAGUUUUUCAGCAACAAUUACUCUUUCCAUCAGAGAUAUUGGUAAUCAUACUUAAAUGUAGCAGAAUUUAUUAAUUUAAGUCCAGAGUGCUACAAAUAUCAUUUUUGGUGCCAAACUACUAAAGCUUGGAGAAUAGGUAUUUUCCUUUGUACAAUGAAAAUCAGAAAAUUUUGUGUGAUUUGAACAAUGUUUCAGGCUGUGUUUUGCUUCAUUUUUGUUUGACUCUUUGAAACAGAUUCUCAUUGCCCUGAAACUGAAUUGGCAUGCCAGGCAGAUGAGCACAUGUAUCUAUAAAAGGAUUUUUUGAAGGGAUUAUGGAAACAUACCAAAAGAGACCUUCAAACACCAUCCAUGAAUAAUCAAGGUGCUUCUCAAAUAUAUAUA